AUGGCCGACCUCCCUCGCUGGAUCAACAGCUCCAAAGUGGAGACGCCGGCCAUGUUCAUGGCCUACGUCCAGUGGCUGGGCAAGGAGCUCCAAAAGGCGGAUCCCGAGACGUACCCUGAGGACAAGCCCGUGAUCGUGCCCGAGGAGAAGCAUCACCUUCCCACCGUGAUCCAUCGCUCCGACUAUGUGACUAGUUUGAAAGCAAAUGAGAAGCUUUGCACGGCCUCGGAGUGCGAGAGAUGUCAGUCAGGUCGGGGCGGCUAUCAGUUCCGAUGGUAUUCGGCCCUCUGGUACGAGGGCUACCUGAAAGGGAGGCAAAGAGAAGACAGGUGGACUCUUGGAGACCCUGAAGAUGGAUGA